AUGUCUCAUCCACCGCCUUCAGCGCAGCGCCAUCCUACCAGGCCAGCGAUCCAGCAACGCAGCGAGUCGCUUCUUCCCCCACACGAAUCCAACUCUAUCACCAGCAUCCCAGUUACUCCAGGCAUCUCUCAGGGCACGUACGGCAAAUGCCCCAGCGGCGUUCCGACUUCGAGGCAUCCUCACGCCGCAAGACAGGAGUAUUUCUCCGGUCAAUUGGACCCGGUCAACGAGGCACAGCCUCAGCCAUCUCCCGCCUCGCCAUUAUGUGCUCGAUUGCCCCUGAUAUCACGCUUGAGCCAACUGCAGCUUGGAGAUGUUGCAUUGAGCGGGACUGUACUCUCUGCUACCUUUCCUCUGCCUCAGUCGAUACAAUAUCGUCAAGAAGGGACAUGGAAACUAUCAGAACAAGCGCGCCAUUGCUCUGCCCAUCUGGAUUCGCUCGCCUAUCUCUCCUCAGAGGAGUGUCCAUGGGACCAUAGAGUCAUCGCGUGGACUGGCGAGAUAAACCGCGCGUCGGGUGAUGUGUCCCCAUCGGAUAAUGAGUUGAAGGCCUCGAUUUCGGCCCCCGGGCAUACACUGAGCGACGAAGAAGCGAUUACGAAAGAGAUAUUCGUAACCAAUGAGAGCAAAGCCAAACUUGAAGAAAUGCUGGAUAGUAGCCCCAUACGAACCCUGCCGGUUUGGCUGGCCGAUGAGCGCGAUGUUACGCGAGAUGGAAUCAGGUUGAAGCAGCAAUCGAGAUGGAGGCGUUACGCAGAACACGAUCUGCAUGCAUUAUUCCAUUAUAAGCAGCAUCCUCCAACUGAUGGUCGCAAAGCAGAGAGUAGAUGGGACGACUAUCGCCGGAUGAACAAGGCAUAUGCAGAUAGGAUUUGCCAAAUCUAUCAACCAGGAGAUAUCGUCGUGGUCCAUGGUUAUUACUUGAUGCUUCUACCAGAACUUCUUCGUCUGCAUCAUUCAGACAUUCACAUCAUUUUCUAUCUAGAGUCUUCAUUUCCAACUAGCGAACUUGUGCGAUGCCUGCAUCGACGAGAGCAAAUCCUAAACGGCAUGCUUGGAUCCAACCUGGUUUGCUUUCAAGCCUUUCAUUACGCGCAGCAUUUUGCAAACUCGUGCGCCAGAAUCCUCGGCUAUUCUGCAAACAGCAAAUGGGUGGAAACUACCAAAGCACGAGUCCACGUGAGCAUUAUUCCGCUGGGAAUCAGCAUCUCCAAGAUUACUUCUUUGGCUUUUGCAGAAUCAGUCGACAAAAAAUACAAAGAGCUACGCCAGCUGUUCAAAGGGACCAAAGUCAUUAUUGGCUGCGACCCAAUGGACCAGUUUGGAGGCGUCGACAAGAAACUCCAAGCAUUUGACUGCUUCUUGGACCGAUAUCCAAAGUGGCAGCAAAAAGCCGUCCUACUACAGGUCACGAAUCCAGCCACAAUGAAGGACGACGAUGGCGAGAGCAUCGCAUUCGCUCGCAGAGUCAAUCAGCUGGCCGACGCCAUCAAUCAAGACUAUGGCUCGCUGGACUUCACACCGGUCCAGAUGCAUGCUCAGAAUCUCUCCCAGGACGAAUAUUUUGCUCUUUUGCGGCUCGGGGACGUCGCCAUCAAUACGUGCAUCAGAGAAGGCAUGAGCACCACGAGCUUAGAGUACAUUGCUUGCCAGCGAGACAGCCACGCGCCGCUCAUCAUCUCUGAAUUCAGUGGGACAGCGAGCAACUUGGAAGAGGCGAUACGAAUAAAUCCUUGGGACGUCUUCCAUGUUGCUGAUCAGAUCAACGAGGCCCUGACGUUGGCACCUGAGAGGCGGAAUUAUAUGCACAAGGCCCUGUAUAAGCGUGUUGUGGAGGACAACGUGGAGAUUUGCGUGAAUAGCAUGCUCCGACGACUGAUCAAGGUGCUUAGGCUUCGUGAAUCAGGGCAUUAG